GCCUUAUCUGCCGCAUAUCGCGUAUCGCGGGUGUGUCACCCAUGUGCUCCUCACUGUACGCUCGCUCAGAGUGUCACGGCACAGUUCCACCCGUUUCCCCCUGUCAUGAGCCCAUGUGAAGCUAAAUAUGGCCCUGUCUGCAAAUGUAAACAAAGGCUCUAUACCUGACCCAGGAUGGAACGACCCACCAAACUUCUCCUACGAUGCCUUGAAUCCUGCCACUGGGCCUAAAAGGGCAAACCUGCUGAAUAAAAGGGUUGCAUACCCUUUGGCAUCGCAAUCAGGAACCUCUCCUCCAUCCGGUGGAAUGAACCCCACUCUUCCACCUUCUACAGUGACAACUGCAGUUCCACCAACCAUCCUUCAAGGUCCUUUUAGUGGAAAUCGAAGUCGCACUUCAAGUGAAUCAAGCAGCGCUACUAACGAACCAGGGCCUGACAAAACAGAAACACUAUCCACAGUCAGAUCAAACCUUGAGGAAGUUGUCAAUCGCAGCUAUAGCCUGUCAGCAACAGAGAGGACAGAAAUUAAAAAACGAAUUGCUGUCAUGCAAAAGAUGUGGGAGGAAGACAAACUCAACUCUUCAGUUCAUCGAAGGCUACUGGAGCUCUCUCAUGAGCUGAAAAUGGGCAAUGUAGAUCAUGCUGAUCAUAUUCAUGUUGGAUUAAUGGUUGAUCACCCAGCUAUGUGCAGUUCAUGGAUGGUUGGAGUUCGCAAGCUAGUUCAACACCUCAAAAGUGACGCUCCUCCACCACCUGCCAUCACUGCUCCAAUUGUAUCAUCACCUGUUCCUGAAGGGCCAACCGAGUUAGUUGUAGUAACAACACCCAAUCCUUGAUAACAUUUUGAUGUUUUUCCAUUCUUUUAAAACUUGUAUUGUUUUUUGUGACUGAUGAAUUUGUGAAACUUUGCAAUUAACUGCAAAUCUUUUUUUUAUUUCUCUUUGCUCAGACUUUGUUGGUAACCAUUCUUCUGAUCAUUUUUAACCCAGGUUGAAUGACAUCAAAGGUAUUGUCAUUUUGUUUUGGCUGUAGAAAUUUCCAAUUUCAAUAUUUAAUAACUUUUAUUGCCUUGAUCCUUUUCCUUGUGUUUACAUGGACUUAGUGAGGGGGGGGCAAGGGUCCUGUAAUACAGCUGUUGGUUGUUGAUUGAUUAUUAAUUUGAAACGGGGUCUUUUUGGCUGCAAUAUUAGACAUAAGCAUGUCUACUUCAUGUAGGCUGAUAGUUUUAAAAUAGUGUAUCUUAUUUAUUCAAUUUAGUAUUUCAUUUGCUGUUUUAUCUGGGAACUCAACCAUAUGUGUAUCUAUAUUUUAAUUUGUAAGUGGUUUGUUCUUUUAAUGACACCUGACGCAUGCAUAGUUUGUGGGGGAAAGUUAACUUUUUGUCAAGCAUUGUUGUACCUUUGUCACCUAAUGACACUUGUAAGACCUAAUUUGCUCUGUUACUACUUUUUGUCAUAAGGGUAACUUAGAGUUUUCAGGCAAUCUUCAGCAUGGCUUGUAAAAUGUGAUAAUUUGUUUCUUAAUGUGAUUUUAGUAUGUGGGGGUCGCUGAUUCAAGUAACUUGUAACUAUUUUCCUUAGCUAAACAUUACCAGUAAGACCUCUUUAAGUUUGUUGGUUAAGUGGUUGAUUGUCGCGUGCUCUAUAUUUUCGGUUUUAUUCCCUCUGACAGUUUCAUUGGUUGUCUUUAUUGAAAAGCUGUUCUAGGUCUGAAAUGAACUAGAUUUAUUUGUGAUAUAUUCUUGCUCCUGCUAUUCUUGUGAAAUUACCAUAUGUGAACUUUUGCCCACCAAGAUAUUUAUUUUUUACUUCCAGUUCAUUAUUCCAUUUCAGUGUUUAUUUUUUACCCUCAUACUGAAUUGACUAAUAUUUUUUAUUAUUGCAGAGGAGCAUUGCUUGUAUAAUACUGUAAGCACAGUGUAUUUUGUUGAAAAAUAAACUAAUGGCUGCCACAUAGAGCGUCCAUGAGUCAACA